AUGUGGUACCAUCAGGCACUAGCUGCUGUAUUGCUUCUUCUCGAGAUUUGCGUUGUCUAUGCAUUGGGCCUUGCAAUCUAUCGUCUCUACGUGCACCCUCUUCGCAAGACCCCAGGACCGUGGCACUUUGCCGUGUCUGGACUUCCUCUAGUUAUCGAGAACCAGUUGAAAGGUCGUUUCGUCAAAACAGUCCUGCAGUUGCAUGAAAAGUACGGUGACAUUGUGCGUACUGGGCCGAAUUCACUGUCCAUCAACGGAACCAUCGGAUGGUCUGAAGUGUUCGGAUUUGGUCGUAGCAACCAACCCGAAUUCUCUCACUACGAUGACUUCUACCAGAUUGGAGACAAGUCGAACCUAUCGAUAUUCCCAUCCGACAGAGAGAGCCAUCGGCGUCAGCGCCGUAUUCUUGCACAUGCCUUCUCUGAUGCCGCCAUCAAGGAGCAGGAGGCGCUGAUAAUGCAGUACGUUGACAAGCUCUUCGUCCAUCUACGAAAAGACGCCGCGCAACAUCAACCAACGGACAUGGUCAAAUGGUUCAACUUCACAACUUUCGACAUCAUUGGCGAUUUAGCCUUUGGGGAACCGUUCGACUGCCUAGAGAACAGCGAUUAUCAUCCGUGGGUUGCCAUGAUAUUUCUUGGCCUCAAAGGCAACACUCAAAUGCUUGCAUUGCUGAAGAUGCCUGCCCUCAGUUGGAUUCUACGACUGGUGAUUUCCAAAGAGAACAUGCAAAAGCGACUUGAAAGCAAGGCAAUGACUGAUAAGAAGGUGGAGAAAAGACUAGCCCUUGGGUCAGCCCCCAACGGCCGGAAGGACUUCAUGACCUACAUCCUUCGCCACAACGAUGAGAAAGGCAUGAGCCAUCAAGAGAUCCUGGGCAAUUCCGAGGCUCUAAUUGUCGCCGGAAGCGAGACGACAGCCAGCGCACUUUCAGGCUUGACCUACUACAUUACAACGAAUCCGCAGGCGCUAGAGAGGCUUCAACAUGAGAUUCGUACAGCCUUCAGCACCGAGAAGGAGAUUACGAUGCUUUCCACUGCGCAUCUCAAAUACUUGACAGCAUGCAUUGAAGAAGCUCUGCGAGUAUACCCGCCAGCUCCAGAGACGCCCCCACGCGUCUCUCCUGGUGAAUACGUGAACGGUUACUAUAUCCCCAAAGGUACUCUAAUCACAAUCUUCCAAUGGGCGGUCUACCACAACCCUAACAACUUCGUUCAACCCGAUGCCUUCAUUCCUGAACGCUGGCUAAGUCCCAACCACCCUUUCCACGACCCACAGUUCAACGCAGAUAAGAAAGCCGCAUUCCAACCAUUCUCUUUCGGCCCACGAAACUGCAUAGGCAAGAAUCUGGCUUAUAAUGAACUGCGACUUAUUGCUGCUCGGCUCUUUUGGAACUUCGACUUCGUGUUGCAGCCUGAGAGCCAGGGCUGGCCGGAUAAACAGAAGGCGUUUACGGUCUGGGAGAAGAUUCCGUUGUUCGUUCAACUGAAACAAGUGGAGAGGGACUAG